AUGACGCCAGGUAUUGGGCACAGAACUGUUCGUAAUGUCAUAUAUUCUAGACUUGGUCUUAGCACUGCUCGCCCAAAGCAUGGAUCGCUUCGUUUAACACUACAAAUCAAGCGUGCUGGUAGGCAUGGAGGAGUCAUGGACAAUCGAGAACAAGUCGAGGCCUUUAUUAAACAGAACUUCUCUUCAUACAAAAAUGUCAGAAUUGAAGUAAACAUGCUUCACUUGGAUACAACUUCUAUCCCAGACCAAGUUCGAACACUUGCUAAAACAGAUAUCUAUUUUUCCAGCGCAGGAUCGGGCUUAUACAUGUCGAGUCUUUUACCUGAUGAUACUAUCGUUAUUGGCAUGCCACGAUGCAACCGUAUGCCGCUACCAGUCAAUGCUCGAGAGCUUCGUCCUGGCGUAGAUGGACAGGCCCAAGAUGCACUGUUCUCAUCCUGCUCUGGAUUCUAUGAGUUCCAACACAUACAGACACUCUCGAACGUCCAUUUAAUACCGUUUCCACUCGGUGCUAUCAGUCUUCGUCUAGAUGAUCCGAAUCAUUAUAAUUUACCGAUUUCGUACUUAAACGAAACACUUACUAUAGCGAUUGAAGAAGCACUCGCCUUACGAGAAGCUGUAUUGAAGGCAUAA